CCAGAUACCAGUUGGUGGCGGUAACGCAACAUUUCGUUCCGGCAGCCGAAGAAGAAGCUGCUGCGCUGCUGACGUUGAUGAGCCGGAGCCGGUGACCGGCUGCAGAUCGGACCGACCCCCGGCCGAAGUCUUCCCCCAGGAGGAGCAGCCUUCCCCGGCACACUGUAGCCUGAGAGGAUGGGAAACCUGGCGCUCUCCACCGGUCUCUUCCGGAGUGAUCCACCCGUGACACGAGUCAGUGAAGGACGGUUCACAACCAGGCGGAUCCGGAGUGGGAUCACUUAUUAUUACGCUCCAAUGACCGGAGCAGCAGAAGAGACUUUAUAUUCUGCCAAAGACUCUCAGGCCUCUGCUCCUCUCAGCACCUCCUCCUCUUUAGACCCCUCCUCCUGUCCAAUGCUCUCAGAUUCACCUCCUUCCUCCCAAAACCAGUCUGCGUCCCGUCCCCUUCUUCUUUUCUUCUCGUGGCUCGGUGCCCAGCCGUGGUCGGUGGCCAAGUACAGAGACCUCUACAUGGCCCGGGGCAUGGACGUCCUGCUGGUCCAGAGCAGCGUGAUGCACUUCCUGUGGCCUCGCUGGGGGCGGGACUACGGCCUGGAGGUCCUGGAGGUUCUGGAGGAGCCUCAGUUCUCGGGGAGGGCGGUGCUGGUGCACGCCUCCUCCAUCGGCGGCUAUACGUUCACCCAGACACUCACCCACAUCUCCCAGGAACAGGAAAAACACGCCGGGCUGGCUCAGAGAGUGGUAGGACACGUCUAUGACAGCCUGGUGGUUGGCUCUCUGGAGCACAUGGCCAUAGGCCUCGGCAAGACUCUGUUGCCCCGUUUGGAGAGAUUUGUGAAAAACGCAGCCAUGUUUUACUUCUGGCUCUUCAAAUCCCACACGGCAGACUUCUACAACAGCAGCAUCCAGGUUUUCCGCAACAACCCGAUCGAUGCUCCGGCUCUCUUCUUCUUCAGUGAAGACGACGCUCUGUGCAACUGGGUGGAGCUCGAACGGUUAAUGGACCUCUGGAGGAAAAGGGGCGUGGCUGUGCAGAGCAGGAAGUGGAAGGUGUCCAAACAUGCGGCACACAUGCGGUGCCACCCAGAAGAAUACCUCUCCACGCUGGAGAAGUUCUUGACCUCGCUGCCUGUUUCCACCCGCAUAGCAAAACUGUGAAGUUUAGUUUGACUUAAAGUACUUUAUGGCUUCAAAGACAAUCUAUUCCAAUCAUUUUAUCUUUAGUCUAGACGGAAUUGUCCAAAAAGUUAAAGUGAGGAGCAUUUAUGGGUACAAGUCAGGAAC